GUUCAUUGAUGAGUUUCAUUCGCUCGAGGUCUCUUCUUCACCAUACACCCCCACACCCACCCACACACCCACAUGCAUUCAGCAGUAUACGUCCCACUCACUGGUCAAAGGAUGCUGCACACGAAUCAAGGCGCCAAGCAGAGAGAGCGUGCUUGUGCUGUGCUGUACGAUACACACAUACACGGAAAAAUGGAGCAAAGAAAACACGUGAAAAGACUUGCUCACUCACACACACGGCUACACGGGUCGCAUCAAUCAUGGCAGACAGGCAAACAGACAGACACUUAGACAGACAGAACAUACUGCCAGAAUCAGCCACCCCACACCCUCUAUCGCUUUGUGUCCGCUACUGAACCCCCUGUCUCACUAACAAAGAACGACCAGAUAUGUACAUGUGUGUGCACAAUGGACACCUGGAUGGGAUGGACCAUCCAUCCAGUCACUUGAGGCAAACACACACCAGCCACCCACCCACUUGAUGUCAUCCACAGCUCCACACGUACGGUACGGUGCUCGUGCUUAAACAAAGGCGCACGAGCAUUUUACACAGCCAUCAACAGAGAUAUGUACACGCUAUACCAAAUGUGUGUGUCCACACACCCAACCCCACACACACUACGUGUGUGUCAUCACACGCACCCGCACACACUAUGUGUGUUGUGGUGUGUCUAAUAGUAUCCGCCGUAACCACCACCGUAGCCGCCGCCAUACCCACCGCCACCAUACCCACCGCUGCCAUCCUUCUUGUUCUUGUACUUACCCCACUUGUCCUUGAUCUUAUCCCACUUGUCCUCGAGCUUGUCCCAGAAGUCCUUGCCCAGCCUCCUCUCUGUGGGACUCGAUGCUUCCUCCACAUCCUCCAGGCCGUACCCACCACCGUACCCACCGCCGUACCCGCCGCCAUACUUCUUGUUCUUGUAGCCAUACUUCUUGGGCUUAUACCUAAGCCAGUUGGGCUUGAUCCUAAGCUUGUCCCAGAAGUCCGGGCCCAGCCUCCUCUCUGUGGGACUCGAUGACUCCUCCACGGCCUCCAGGCCACUGGGCUCAUCUUCAUCUUCAUCUCCAUCUGCAAACAUACUCACACACACGUGGCCAACACAAUGACGUGUGGGCGGGGUGGCGAUGUCUGCACACCCACCUAUAGGUGCGGCCGUCGGCUCAUCAGCCGCGUCCUCACUGUCUGCUGCCGCUGGCCCCGUCACAAGAGCAUCAGGCACACCACCUACAGGCAGACAGGUACACAGGAAAGGCGUAAUUGUGCAGUGUCUGCACCAGCUGCAAACAGCCAUCGUGUGUGCGUACCAUCGGAUGUCACUUCGUCGGCGUCAUCAGCUAUCCCGCCUCUCAAACGCCGGGCCACCGCAGACGGAGCAUCAGCAGGAGCAGCCCGCUUCAUAUCGUCAGCGCAGACCAGUGCGAUGCCGAGCAGGCACACCAGCACCGAAAGGGAGAGGGCCUUCAUCGGUCGUGGAGCGGACGUCGGGAGGAAGCGCAGACGAGCAGCGGGAAGACGAACAACGACAAGGGGCUUGCUGAAGAGAAUAAGUCGAGGAGCGAGAGAGACUCGGAGUCAACCGAUGAGAGUGGAGUCGAGGGAUGCUGCAGAUGGACAGAGAGGGGGGAGGCCGUUAAGACAGAGGGCAGAGAGACAGGGAGAUAGCAGGAGGGCUGUCGUCGCACGGCUAACGCAGAGAGAGGAGAGCGCGGUGUGCCG